AUAAAGGUUCAAACUAUUCACGCAUGGGGAUGGUUUAUUCGCUUACUAGGCUCACAUGCUAUGAAGAACAGACAUUUAAUAAAUGAGAUGCUGAAAAUUCCUGAACAUACAUUUUCAGAUCUUAACCCACAAGUUCUGAUUGCUGCACAGGUUGCUUGGGAAGGUCUUAUUGAUGCUCUUAUUCAUCCUCCAAUGGUAGUCGUGACAGAAAUACAGCCAAGGAGGGGAAUGGUGCGCAACAAGUGCUAACAUCUGAAGAGAAAAUUGAACCCCUAGUAAAUGGAUUCUCAAAAAGAAAAACUUGUAAUGACUCCUCUUUUAGGCAUCAUGUCAGGUAGAUGUGAUAUAUCCGUUCACUUAUCCUGCUUGAACACUUGGUGUUGUUUGCUGCAUAAACUUGAUACCUCUGUCAAUGAUCCAUCAGUGAUAAAACUUGUAUUGGAGCCUAUAUUUGAAGCAGUUUUUCUCAUUGGUCCUGAUAAUAAGAGCAUGAGGUUAUGGAAUCUAUGCCUGGAUUUGCUUGAUGAUUUUAUUUUGGCAAAAUGUAGAGGGGUGGAACAUGACAAAAGUGGCCUUGCAAGUCAGCAGUCAUCAACUAGUACCUCCAUUCCUGGACCUUCAGUACCUGGAAAAUUCUUUGGAAGCAAGACUCCGUUAAAUGGUUGCCAUGGCAUAUUUCUCAGCUGGACUUCCAUUUAAAGAUGAUUCUUGUUCUCAUCAAUCAAGCGUCAAUUGCAUCUUUCACCCAUGAAAACAGGAGUUUAGCCCGUGAUGCUGCUUUAAGGUUAUUUGUAUCUGUUUUAAAAGGAGUUCAAUUGGAGUUGAAAAGCCAAUACUCUAACAACAACAAUAUUAUGUCGUGUUUGGGCACAAUACUGGGGUUCAUAAAGCAUAUAUGUGAAGAAGUACGUUCAGAAGGCAGUGAUAGUAAUGACUUUGAUUAUACUUCCCUCCUUUUUAUAGAGGCUAUCAAUCAGGAGUUGGAACCUACCAUAUUAGGAUCCCCUCUUUACAGGGUGUCAUUGGACCUCAAGCACAUUGACAACCUGCGAUCAGCUAAUGUCAUCAGACAUGCAAACAUUCUAGCUAUCUGCUCCAUUGCUGAUAUGAAUAUGGUAUCAAUAUUGGUUUAUUUAGUUGUACUCUACCUUUGUAAGGUGUUUCAAUUAACUACAAAGGCAUCCAAAACAGAGUUCAUUUUAGAGAAAAUGCAUAAAUAUUUUACAUUGGCGUUUUCUUCAUAUGAUCCCCUGGAAAUUCUUCUUGCUACUAUCAGUUUACUGUAUAAAUAUGUUGGUCACAACUGCCUAAAUAUAUGGAUAGCAAUAGCCAAUGGUUUGAAACACUACAUGGAUGAUGUUAAGGAGCUUUCAUUUGCAGAGUCUGAAAGCACUGGUUAUCUUGCCGUAUGCUAUUUCUUAUCCUACCAAUUUACUAUAUGCUCUUGCCCCCGGAGAAAUUCAGUCUCACUGACUAGUUGCUCCUCAGAGAAGAGUCAUGUGUCACCACAGGAAAAGCGUGAGCUUGAACAUGUUUUUGAUGCAUGGAUGGCACUUUAUGGUUCUCUUAAAACUUCACUGAGUCAAUGCUCUGCUAUGAACAGUUUUCUUGUUGAUUUGUGUUCAACGCUAACUGUGUACCUUGACAAAUAUGCUAGCAUGCAGUGUAUCAAUGGAGUUGACUCAAGUCACAAGGAUCUGUUUUUUUUAUCUCCUUCCUUUACUUGGCGAUGCUGUGAUAUGUUUCCUGGAAGAUAUAUGUGCUUCCGAAGAAGUUUCAGAUGAAAGUAAAUACAAAAAUGGUGGCGACCAUAAAAUGUCCACUGGAAAGAGCAGUAGCUUGAGAUUGGCUGCCAGAUAUUUGAGUUUCUUAUGGACGUAUACAGCAACAGACCACCCAACUAAUCUUGUAAUGACAUCAAGUCCCAGGGUAUCUUCUGUACUGGCACACUUUGCCAGUUUUCUUUGCAUGAAGCAAGAUAUCCUCUUGUUCAUUGAGAUAGUAUCUUGUCCACUGCUCCAAUGGCUUUCACAUACAGAGUUAUGGGAUAAAAGCAUAAAAAAUCAACUUCAACUGUUGUGGGCCGAAAUACUUAAUCAUUUACAAAGCAGUCAGCCACCAAUAGUCUUCAAUUCUGCAUUCCUUGAACUCCAGGCACCCCUUCUUGGAAAAACACUUGACCACCCAAAUCCAACCAUUUCAGAGCCCACCAUCACCUUCUGGAAUUUCACUUACGGUGAACAAAUCAAUCUGGACUACCCUCAAAGCUUGCUUCACGUGUUAGACAAGCUCUCAAGAAAUGGAAGAAUAAACCUCCACAAGAAAAUCCUACCUGCUCUUGAAAGAUGUCAUUCUAGACUAGGAGUUGACACCACUCCACAGAGAUACAGGGUGACCGCAAUGCAUAACAAGAGCUCAAAAAGAGUAGGGUUUGUGGAGGAUGUGGUGGAUCAACUUCAGCACGAGGAGAAGCUGUACUCAAAGUUUAAAAGGAAUAGGUUGGAACUAACUGAGCAUCAAAAGGAAGUGAGACGAGCACAACAAGGAAGGGAGAGGGAUUGUUGUGGGCACGGCCCUGGGAUACGCACUUACACUAGUGCUGAUUUUUCGCAGGGGAAUGAAGAUUCACAAGAGAGUCAAGAAUUCCAGAAUCCAAAAUACAUCUUGGAGAUUUUACAAAGAGUUGUUUAAUUGUUUUUAUCUGAGAGCCUAGCUUUCAAAGAGAAUAUUAGAUGGAGCACCCAAGUUAACCGGUCCACACUUUCAGGCUGUCUUCCUCCGUUACUUUUAUGUUGUAAGCCACCAACUUAUCAUCCUUUGCUCUUUACAUGUUGUAAGUUGUAUUGUAUGACACCCAAUGGCCAAUGUAUUGUAAUGUCACAUUCUGAUAUUUGGGGUAAAAUAUAUUUCAUUUCAAAUUUUGUAUCAAACUUAAAUGAAGUGGUAUUUUGAACAAGAAGAUGGUGACAUUAUGUUGAAAUGUCACUGCUUAAGACAUUAUCUUACCACCUUCUGUAGAAAUUGUUGAUAAUACUGCAUAUAGUUUAAU